AUGACUGGAAGAUUAAAUUCUCUUGGCGGUCAUGAUCCAAAUAGUCCUACAUUUUCCAGAAGGCCACGCGGAAAUUCUGAUGCAAGUAGUAUCGAUAUUAAGAGAAGUGAUAUUGAUCCAGCACUUCUA